UACCUGCGGUUUUGGGCUUUUUGGCGCCAUCCUUCGCUGCUUUGGUCACUUUCUGCACAUUUGGAUCAGUGUUCUCACUUUUUGUCUUUGGCUCUUUGCCUUUUUGUGCAAGCUAAAGACAGAGGAUGAGAAAAUAGCCUGAUUAAUUACUUUAUUUGACCCAUUCAGACGAAACUGUAGACUUGUCUUACCCUAAAUUUUCCCGUUGCGCCUGUAGUGACGUUGGAGUUGGCAGGGCGCACCAAUGUGCCGGUCUCGAUUCCCUUUUUUAGGGCUCUUCUGACCAAGUGCUUCAACCGAACCAAAUCGACGGAUGGGUAUUUUUGUUUGAUAUAACUCUGUAUGGCCUGGGAUGACACGCCUUUACGGGAGUCCAGCUCUUGAAGUGCUUCUCGUACCAUAAUGGCUGUGGAGGGAUGAGCUGCAGGUUUGCGCAGCGGCGCAUCAUCUAAGGAGAAAACGCUUGGAUUUACAUUUUAUGAAAAUGAAAACAAAUUGUGGAGCCAAUAUGCGAUAAUAAUAAAAUGUUUUUGAAUUAAUCCCGUGUGCGCUCAGACCUGAUUUUUCCUCGACAUUUUCCUCCACCAGAGCAUCGCUGGAGGACUCAGGAACCUCAACAGAGUCCGCUGCUGCCUUUUUAGGAGGCAUUACUGCAAAGUCAGAAUAAAAAGUAACGCUACAAAGCACCUAUAGAUCGGGAUAUGUCAAGUCUAAAAGUAAGGCACCACGUUUUCAGUCCCCGGCGUCUCCGCCUUUAUGAGGUCGCUUCCGGUAAAAAUUAGUCCAGGUGAAUUACAUCACAUCAGGUGCAAAUCAUUUGGGUUAAAUUAGGGCCGCAAAGGGACAGUGCAAGACGCCAUACGUCGUUUUAGGUCGUUUUUGAAUUUGUUGUCUAUGACUAUGUUCUCUAGAAAGCUAAAUUUUUAUUUAUUCUUUGUGAAAACAAAUUCUCCCAUAUUAGAAAAAAAAUGGAUUGUGUAAAACAGCAACAUCACAUUUCCAAUUUUGGAUGUUGAAAAUGUUGUUGAACACUGAAAAGAUGCAAAUAAUUCAAAAUAUUCAGGCACAACUUACAAAACCAGGGAGAGAAGAGAGAGAUGUAUUUCUGCACAUGACUAACAGGUGUGAGGAUGUGGUUUCUCUCUGAGUGAUAGCUAUGAAGUGUUACUAGGCAGUUCAGUUUCUUGAGUAGGACUUUUUUCUCCACAUAACAUAUCAUGAGACUGUGCAUUUACUGAGACAACCAUUUCUUUUUUGUGACCAAACCUAAAACAUGACACAAAACUGGUUUGCUGUGUCACCAGUAUGGGGUGUGAUAGCGUUUUCCCUUUUUGAGUUACAAUCCCUAAUGGUCGUGCCUUAGAGGCACAUGCUGCUUUAGACUACAUAUAAAGGCACAGUGUCUUCAGUUCAUACUGAUUUUAGCAAAUGGUAUGAUGAAAAAACUCUUUCAUUUAACUGAACCAGAGAGGUAACACUUUGGUCUAAAAAUGUACAGGGGGUGAGUAUUUUUUGUAUGUGACCUUGAUGUGCUCUGCGAUGAGCUGUGAGCAUGUUCUGCAAUUGACACAUUCAGAUGUGGGAGUCUACUAAGACAGACACACAAGUAUCUAUUCUUUUGAGGAUCCUGGUCUGUCAGUAUUGAGCUUCAUCAUGGCAGGGCACCUAUUGUUUGUCCUUUUGUGCUGCUUUUAUGAGAUUCAAGUGCAAGCUUUUCCUCCUCAAGCUAAACUGAUAGUAAAUUCGCCCACAGUCACUGAAAAAGACUCUGUCACACUGAACUGUUGGCCUGGAUUGUCCUCUGUGUCAAAUUGUUAUUACAAAUUUGGAGAGGAAGUCAGAGUCCUCUCCUGUCUGGAGACACUGACAGGAACUAAGCUGCUGCAAAUAACACACCAGAGUUCACCAGCAGAGGUUCAAGUUCAGUGUUAUUACACCGUGAAGCUUGGAGACAUUAAUUCUCCAUCACCACACAGUGACGUAUCUUCCAUCAUCAUACACAGUGUUGCGAGAGUGGAGACAGAUGCUAUGCCAAUAUUGCCAACAAGUAUCAUGACCACAGAUAACGUGGAAGAAGAGUCCCAGACUUUGACAACGUCAACCAUGAGCGCAGGUCCAAUGGUUGGCGUGUCUCAGUCUCCUUCUGUAACUGCUCCAAAACAAACAUCAGUCAACAUCCUUACUGGUAUAUUAAGUGUGACCUUGGGUAAACCUGGGUCUACCUCCAUAGCACCCACGGAACCAGCAUCAGAAUCAUGGAAAUGGAAGGUGGUAGUAGCCUGUUUUGGAGUCACUGGUCUCAUUUUACUGGGACUGACAUUUCUCUGUACUAAAAGAGGAACUGAGAGAUGUUUUAACAAGAGGAAACAAUCCGAUGCCACUGUUGCAGAUAACUCAGUGAACAUGAGCAAUCUUGACCAGGGACAUUUGUUACCUGCAGGUGAAGACGAAACCUUCAGUGUGAUCACAUCAGUACCUGGGGCUGGAACUGAGAAAAUGAAGAAGGAAGAGCAACAAAAUGAAGAGUCUGUUGUAUACCACAUCUACUCAGCCAUCCCUGAAGCCAAACCUCCAUCAGCCCUGAAGGACAUGGUGUACAGCACCCUGCAGCCACAUGGAAACCCUUUUUUUUACUGUACAGUAAAACAGAAAGCAUAGAGGCCAUUGGAUUGGACAUGGUAUCUAUGACGUCACCCAUCCAUUUCUGAAGCGCUGUUUUGAAGCCAAUGGUGGGAACCAUAUUGGAUUAUGCUGAAGUCAACCAAACAUAGUCUCAGGUAAAGAGGCAGGCUUUAAGCCUCCUAGCCAACAGCUACAGUGUUCCCGCUUGUCAAUCAAGUCAGCUGUGCCUCUCAUUGGAAGACUCAUAAUCUCAAUAUCUAUGAACUUACCACGUUAUGAAAAAAUUCACCCCCCUCACAGUGUAUGGCGAUCAAGAAAUUAGCUUUCCAGAGUACACUAGUCUUUUGUACCAGGCUGUAAACAUGUUUAUUUCUGCUGUAAAGAUCGUCUUUUGUGAAUUGGUGUGUAUGUGGAAAUUGGUGAACAUUGUGGAAAGUUUAUUAUAGAUAUAUGCAAUACCACACAGACUGAGCUUAUUUUAAAUUUCAUGUACAUGUGCUUAUGGGCUGUCUAUUUGUGUUAAUGAACUCUGAUGCUUGCUGCAGUUUUGUUUACUGUAAAAUGACACUGUCUUGCAAAGUCCAUGUCAGACUCACAUUUGUAGUCUUUUCCUGUAUGAGCUUCAUCAUGGCUGGACACCUGUUGUUAGUCUUCCUCAUAGGUAAUUCUAACCUAAUGUUUGGCUUGGUCAUUGUUUAUGGAAGAACUUUUAUAGGUUAAUUUCAUUUUCUUCUGCCAGACAGAUUUAAAUGUAAGAACAUUUUAUGACCAUUAACUGUUUACUAGAUUAGAUUGGACCAAAUGAGAGUUUGCAAGAUAUUUGUAGUGUCAAAGUUAAUGGGAGUGGAUGAAACCGGCAACAGUUGAUUUGACUGUGAAAAUCUGAAGAUAGACUGACUCCAGGAAGGUUUGUACACAGAAAUAGCAAAGAAGAAAACAAAAAGCUGGCUUUCAGACUUGCACGAGUGAGGCUGGGUGGUGUGGUUUGGCCCUAAAUCUGGCAGGAUGAGGCACUGGAACAGAAGGAGGAGAGUACCAAAUUACUCAACUCAUGGAAUCACUAGAAAUAAUUUUGAAACUCACAAAAUGCAAGUCUGAAGAGCCGAUCUCCCAACGCUGGAUGAGCUGAAACAAUCUGACAAACUGAUAACACAACACAAAGCUAGCAAAACCAACUUAAAUAACAACCAGCACUAACAUAAAAAGAAUCCAAACCACAACAUUUUUACUGGUAAAUGAGUUUUAUGAUUUUACAACAGAUCGCCAUACAAAACACAAGUAAAGUUUUCACUGAACUAUUACAUUUCCUUUGUUGACACUUUUUUUUAUCCAACAGAUUUUUUUUACGUGUUUGUGACACAAGGACAGUCAUAAAUCAUGACCAGUUGAAAUGUUAUCAUAGCAUAUAAAGUAACCAUCAGUCCACAUUUAGACAUUUUUAUCACAUAGUUUGACUGCAAGGGUUUUUUUCUCUAUUUUGAAUGCCUUUAUAUUAAAUCAGUUUUUAAUUUUUCAGUUCUUCUUCCACCUACACUGACUGUGAAUCCAUCAGGGAUAACAUAAACAGUCACAGUCACACUGAACUGUCAGCCUUCACCAUCUCUUUCUGUGCCUGAAUGUUAUACCCACUUUAUAAGAGAACAACCUGCCAUGAGCUUCCCAUGUGUGAAGACUAUGACAGGAGCUGAACUGCUGAAGAUUAACCAUCAGAGUUCACCUUGUACUGUAUUUUUCUUUAUUCUCAUUCUCCUCUCCCUUUCCACUCACACACACAGUAGUGUGAGUAACAUAUUACACCUGCAGGCUUGUGUAAGCAUUGGGCCAAAUGUGGCCAUUGCAAGAUAAAGGGAUGUAAAUUUCCCUAUGCACCUGUGCACAGCUAUAGUUUGUGACUGGGGAAGCAGCUUGUACAUUCUCACGUCUCCAAUGGUACAUUGGAAAGUCCCUGUCAGCAGUUUUGUAAGGGCAACCUAUCUCCCUACCAAGAUGCUGAGAGAUGGGUCCAAUGACCCAGUCACAGCUGUUUUCAAUUAGGGUUCAUGACUCGGUCACGGUUGUUUUUGACUCAGACUCACCAACAUUCGGCACCUGUAUCUCCCAGUGAGUGGGAUGAUGUGCCUGUCACGUUGUGGCCCGUACCAUAGGAAGAAUUGUGGUCAUGAUGUCCAAUCAAAAUAUUGCAAAAUGAAGAUAAGGCAUGUCUUUGAGACAUUUUGUGCCAAACUUCCCACUACUCCUAUAAAAAUCACUGUAACGUCUUUGUUCUUCAGUUGGUCUGCAGCAGAGGAUCAACUCACUUUGUUCAGAUGCAUAGGUGAAUAAAGUUUUUCUUGGAUUGAAUUUCA